AUGCGGGCCCAUCACGAGGCGGUGCUGCUGCGGCUGAAGGGCCUGAAGCAGAAGGAGGAGAAGGCAAAAGACAAGGCCCACAUCCUGGAGCAGAUGGUGAGCAGCAAGAAGCAGGAGGAGAAGGAGAAGGAGAAGAAGUGCGGGCGGGACAAGCGGAGUCCAGCGCAGGUGGCCCACGAGAAGAUGCAGGAGAAGCGGCAAGUGGAACGGAUCCUGAAGAAAGCAUUGAAAACCCACAAGCAGCGAGUGGAGGACUUCAACAGGCACUCGGAUACUCUGACUGAGCAUUACGACAUUCCCAAAGUCAGCUGGACUAAGUGACCGGGCUGCUUUUCACGGCUCUGGAGCUGGAGUUGUGUUUCGUGUGUAUCAAGCAGGGUUGCCAUGUAAAUCUGUCUUUUCUCCAUGUCGUCUAAUAAAUCUU